UUGUAUUUAGUCCCUUCACUGUUGCCCCAACGGGUGGAGCUUUGGGUCUUUUUGCUUCGGCUGCCAUUCUGUUCGCCUGCUCCCGCCGUUUUGUAGGCACGAGCACGUUUUCUUUCCUUUUCUUUUCUUUUCUUUCCUUUUCUUUUCUUUUCUUUUCUUUUCUUUUGCACGAUCCGCAGAUUGAAAUUUUUCUUUCUCUACCCGCGAACGUUACGGCAACGUCAGAAAACUGAGGAAAGGGCAUACGGUGGUGCUGUGUGGCUGUGUAGUGUGGCAACAUCGAAGAAUUGCAGCAGGGCUCGUUUCCUGGCGAACUAGAGGAGAACGACCGCGCAUCGACAGGCCUCUACGGACAUCCUACAGACCGGCAACAACAUCUGCACCUUGAAAGAAGCCACACACGGCAUUGAAAAACGGGCAUCCCGUAGUCUCAAGUUUACAGAGCACGCAGAAAGUUCCGCGAGACCCGACGGAAAAAGACGAGCCACUUCCAGGACCACUUGUGCCGCGUGUCUCCGAACUGGAUGCAGCAGUGAGUGAGACGACGCGAUCGGGAUCCUUUCGAUACACAGCGCCGAGCAUCCAAUCGGUCCCGCUUUGUGACUAAGGAACACAAUGCAAGGAACGACGAAGAUUUUCCUCAGCCUCAAAGCAUGCAAGAAUGUGUGCACAGGAAGCAAAUUGCCACCAAAUAUUUUGCUGUGCCGAGGACUGCUGACUUCACGAUCACAUGGGCAGAUUGAAGCUGUUGCCACACAGGUCCUCGAGCCCACUGCGGCUGCACUAAAGAAGCAGCCUGCACCAGUGGAACCACCUGAAUGGCCUUACACCGAGCACAUUGUAAAAGUGCACACAUGUGCAAAACUCUACCAGGACUGGAGAAAAUGGAAACCUGGCUAUCAGAAUGCACCUCCUGAAGGUGUCGAAGUGGAACUGGGCUACAUGCACACAGGCUUAGACAGACCAGCUGCCCAGCGGGAGGGCUGCCCCACUGUGCUGCUGCUGCAUGGGGCACCUGGCAGUUAUCGUGACUUCACUCAGCUGGUGCCUUUCCUGGACAGUCACGGUGUCACUGUCAUCUCACCCCGGUGGCCUGACUUGCGGCUCAGCUACCGGACAGGAACAUUCUGGCAUUCAGCAGAAGAAAAGACACAGCUGCUGACAGACUUCCUCAAGGCCAUCAACAUCAGCAAGGUUGACAUGCUGGUGGCUCACAGCAGCGCCAUCUACCCGACCUUAAAUGUCAUGACCAGGCCAGGCAUGCCCCACGUGAAAUCAGUGGCUCUGCUGGCGCCAGCAGGACAUCAACUGGUCAGAGCCAUCAGGCCACUACCCCUGAUGCGAGCCUUUGCAGUGCACUACACCAACCCGCGGUAUCAAGGCUUCAUGAGACAUUUGGGCAUUGCCAUCAUGAAGUACACGCGAAGUCCUAUCAAACCGAACAUUGAAGAUGCCAUUAUGUCACUGCAGACCAUGAUCUUUUCUGACUAUGAAGAGGCAGGUGACAAGAUAAAGCAAGUUGCUGACAGUGGCAUACCUUUGCUCAUAGCAUUCAGUGAGAACGAUCGAGCCAUCAACCCACAGGUUAUUUUCAACAUGGUGGACCUUAUUGGCACACGGAACCAAGAUCUUUGGCUCUAUGACGCUAAUGGCAAAUUGGUCAGAAAAGGAUCAACAUCAGGCCAAAGAAAAGUGAUGCUGUUCAAGAAAGGAGGUCAUUACCUGUUUCGCCGUCAUCCAGAAGUUGUCAAUUCUGCCGUUAUGGAUCUUCUUCAAAUGGCUCUUGCAUCUAGCAAGUAACUGGUCUUUGACAUGGGGUAAAACACUCAGCCAAGACAGCAGUUCACGAUAAGUAGUUGAUCUGAGGCAUCAUCCUGAAUUUAUUAGUUCUGCAUUCAGCUAACUUUCUUGUAGCAAUGCAAAUGUAGUUCACUGCACAGUAACAGUGUCAGUAACUUUCUCACCAUUUUUUAUCUCACUUGCCUAACUACUGCUCUGAUUAUUUGUGAGCAUGCAGUUUUCCAACUUUAUUCAAUGAUGUGCUCUGGCACUCUUAGAAACUUUGGGAACUGUGAACUGUGUGUAACAGUCCAUCAUACAGGACAGGCUUUAAAAGUGAACCAGACCUUGGGUAGCCUUGAUGUGUGUGUAUGUCAGUAGCUCUGAGAAAACAGCGUGACUUUAGGCACUCAAUAAUGUGACAGUCUCCUACAAGUCUCAGGAAUUCUAAUUACCACUCCUGUCACUUCAGCUUUUUCUAAAGCUUUUCUUAACUAUGCUAAUUUAAUAUGUGCAUGAUGCAAAGUAAAGCUUAAAGAAGGAUCACCAUCACCCACAAAUUUUAGAUCUUUGAGGAAUGCCAAGCAAUAUCUAGACAUUGGCAUUUCUAACACAUGCUGUAGAGACAUUUUCCUUCUCUGUACUUGUUCGCUUUUGUGUAGCUUCACUAACUCACCUGUCUCAUUGUAGUUUAUGCCAGUUUUUAGUUAAUUGACUGAAUGAUAGGUUCUCCAAUACUCCCAACACAUAAGAACCCUCAGAAAGCAUCUGUGUACAUUUUACACAAGUUUUGCGGGGUUUAACAUCUAUAAAAGUAUUAAUCCUUAACCAAAGUAAGCUAAAGGACUACUCAAGUGUACAGUGCACCCAAUUUAUACACGCAUCUUUUUUGUUUUAUUGUAUAAAGCAGUUAUAAGGAAUGUACCAUAUUUAUUCGAAUAUAGGUUGACCUCUUUUUUCCAGAAAUGUUACCCCAUAAUUACCUAACAACCUAUAUUUGUGGUCAAAGCUAACAAAAGUACCAAGCUAAUGGAGUUCCAAUGUAGAACAGAGUCGCCGCCAGAGCCGUGAGCGCCAAGGCUGCAAACCAAAACACCCUACCAUGCAUGUCAAUAUGAUACAUCGAAGCAGCAGUUGCACAAAACACAAAUAUUCUAUUUACUCGAUUUUAACGCGCACCGAUUGUAAUGCGCACCCAUACAGUACAGUACUAACUAAAUUAACAAGCAAACAUGAA